CCUUCCGCACCGGCUGACUGGCUCUUCCGGUCUCCGGCGCCCCUCUCCUGCAGGCGGGUCUCGGGCCGCAGCCUGGCGCACGCCGGCUCGGGCCUGUGGACGAGUCUCGCGCUGUGCCCGGGGGCCGGGCUCCGGAUCCACGCUGGCCAUGGCGAGCGGCGCCUCCAGAUACCGGCUGAGCUGCUCGCUCCCGGGCCACGAACUGGACGUGAGGGGCCUGGUGUGCUGCCUCUACCCGCCGGGAGCCUUUGUGUCUGUGUCCCGGGAUCGGACCACCCGCCUCUGGGCUCCAGACAGUCCUAACAGGGGCUUUACAGAAAUGCACUGUAUGAGCGGCCACUCUAAUUUUGUGUCUUGUGUGUGUAUCAUACCCUCAAGUGACAUAUAUCCUCAUGGACUGAUUGCCACUGGAGGAAAUGACCACAAUAUUUGCAUUUUCUCGCUGGACAGUCCAAUGCCACUUUAUAUUUUAAAGGGUCACAAAGAUACUGUUUGUAGUCUUUCUUCUGGAAAAUUUGGGACAUUACUUAGUGGCUCAUGGGACACCACUGCUAAAGUCUGGCUGAAUGACAAAUGCAUGAUGACAUUACAGGGUCAUACAGCCGCAGUAUGGGCAGUAAAGAUUUUACCUGAACAGGGCUUAAUGCUAACUGGAUCAGCAGACAAGACCAUUAAACUAUGGAAGGCUGGAAGAUGUGAGAGGACUUUUUUAGGGCAUGAAGACUGUGUAAGAGGCUUGGCAAUCUUGAGUGAGACAGAAUUUCUUUCCUGUGCAAACGAUGCUAGUAUUAGAAGGUGGCAGAUCACUGGCGAGUGUCUGGAAGUAUACUUUGGACAUACAAAUUAUAUUUAUAGCAUAUCUGUCUUUCCAAACUCCAAAGAUUUUGUGACCACUGCAGAAGACAGAUCUCUAAGAAUAUGGAAACAUGGUGAAUGCGCCCAAACAAUCCGACUUCCAGCUCAGUCUAUAUGGUGUUGCUGCGUACUGGAAAAUGGUGACAUUGUGGUUGGUGCGAGUGAUGGUAUUAUUAGGGUGUUUACAGAGUCAGAGGAGCGGACAGCAAGUGCUGAGGAAAUCAAAGCUUUUGAGAGAGAGCUCUCUCAGGCAACUAUCGAUUCCAAAACUGGUGACUUGGGGGAUAUUAAUGCGGAGCAGCUUCCUGGGAGGGAACAUCUCAGUGAGCCAGGUACUAGAGAAGGACAGACUCGUCUAAUCAGAGAUGGAGAGAGAGUUGAAGCCUAUCAGUGGAGUGUUAGUGACGGGAGGUGGAUAAAAAUUGGUGAUGUUGUUGGCUCAUCUGGUGCUAAUCAGCAAACAUCUGGAAAAGUUUUAUAUGAAGGGAAAGAAUUUGAUUAUGUUUUCUCAAUCGAUGUGAAUGAAGGUGGACCAUCGUAUAAAUUACCAUAUAAUGUCAGUGACGAUCCCUGGCUAGUUGCAUACAACUUCUUGCAGAAAAAUGAUUUGAAUCCCAUGUUUCUGGAUCAGGUGGCUAAAUUUAUUAUUGAUAACACAAAAGGUCAAACACUGGGACUUGGGAAUACCAGUUUUUCAGAUCCGUUUACAGGUGGUGGUCGCUAUGUUCCAGGAACUUCAGGACCUUCCAACACAGUGCAGACAGCAGAUCCUUUCACAGGUGCUGGGCGUUACAUGCCAGGUUCUGCAGGUAUGGACACCACCAUGACUGGAGUUGAUCCAUUUACAGGGAACAGUGCCUACCGAUCAGCUGCAUCUAAAACAGUGAACAUUUAUUUCCCCAAAAAAGAAGCUCUUACCUUUGACCAAGCAAACCCUACACAAAUAUUAGGAAAACUGAAGGAACUUAAUGGAACUGCACCUGAAGAGAAGAAGCUAACUGAAGACGACUUAGUACUUCUUGAAAAGAUACUGUCCCUGAUUUGUAAUAAUUCCUCAGAAAAGCCAACGGCCCAGCAACUUCAGAUUUUGUGGAAAGCUAUCAACUGGCCUGAAGACAUUGUCUUUCCUGCACUUGACAUUCUUCGCCUAUCGAUUAAGCAUCCCAAUGUGAAUGAGAAUUUCUGCAAUGAAAAAGGAGACCAGUUCAGCAGCCAUCUUAUCAACCUUCUGAACCCCAAAGGAAAGCCAGCAAACCAGCUGCUUGCUCUUAGGACUUUUUGCAAUUGCUUUGUUAGUCAGGCAGGACAAAAGCUCAUGAUGUCCCAGAGGGAGUCACUGAUGUCACAUGCAAUAGAACUGAAAUCCGGGAGUAAUAAGAACAUUCAUAUUGCUCUGGCUACAUUGACCUUGAACUAUUCUGUUUGUUUCCAUAAAGACCAUAACAUUGAAGGGAAAGCUCAAUGCCUCUCAGUAAUUAGCACAAUCUUGGAAGUUGUGCAAGACCUAGAAGCCACGUUUAGACUCCUUGUGGCUCUUGGGACACUUAUCAGUGAUGAUUCAAAUGCUAUACAAUUAGCCAAAUCUUUAGGUGUUGAUUCUCAAAUAAAAAAGUAUGUCUCCGUAUCAGAGCCAGCUAAAGUGAGUGAAUGCUGUAGACUUGUCUUACAUUUGCUGUAGCAGUGGGGAAAAGACGCUGAGGGGUUUUCUUUUUUUGUUUUGUUUUGUUUUGUUUUUUUCCACAUUUUACAUGACUGAUUGCAGAUGUUUAAAAAGAAAGAAAGGAAAAUUGGAUUAAGUUCAGAUCUUGUAAAGUUGUGUUGAGGAGAAACAAAUUAUAAAUAAAGUUUUUGCACUGAUGGUUGUGAGGUUUUCCUGUGUAAUGGAGUAGAUUUUCAAGGGUGUAGAAAUGUUAAAAACUAUAACCAAUAACAGCACAAUUAUAACAGCAUUUUCUUCCUUACCUUCACCACUCAGGAGAACACAGAGGUUCUAUAACCUGUUUCUGAUCUAUGACAUCUUGUUCAGUUGACUGUUCUCUUUUGUACAUUAGCUUCUCCACUUUCACUGUUGUAUUCUUUCAAUAGCACUGAUGCAUUUCAAGGUCUUCUUUUAGGAUUUACUUGAAAAAUCAUUUCAAUUAAGUUUGUUAUAAAUUGUAAAUUGAUAAAUAACAAUAAUUUCUUGAGCCAUUUGUAAAUAGAAAGUAUCAUCUUUCAUGGUUCAAUUUUACAUGAAGAAAGCACAUUGGUAAGCUGUUAUAUUACAUAUCAUUUCAGACAACUGAGGCCUUAAAUGAGUAUGGCUUAGGAGUUUCUUUCACUAUAUGAGGUAACUUCAUUUUUUCUAGUUUUGAUAUCUUACAAGUUAAAUCAUUUCUUUUAUCCUUCACCAUUUGAAGUAGUAGUGUCAUCUUUCAUUUCAGUUUUGUACAUGUUGAUCAUAUUCAUUAUUUCAAAGAGAAUAUUUGGAAUUUUUUUACUUUUACUAGGCAAUUGUGUAAGCAACAUUUAUCAGACUUUAAAGUAAAAAAACCUGUCAUGUGAAAUUAGUAUUUUUAGUCCCUGGAAUGGUCCAGGUCUUACAUUGCUAUCUAAUUCUCAAAUCAGCUUUCUUUGAAAAGUGGUUAUUGUGCUUCUGUUUUCAAAAGGAAAGGUAAUAGAAUAAAUUAUAAUAGGAAGGUUAAACAUGAACAUAAAGGCAUGAGUACUCCAUGUAGUCUAGUCUACACAGAGCACUUGCCAUGAUGCAGCUUCCUGGAAAGCCACAGGUUUGUUUCUAAACAGCCCAGCAACUAAAACAAAGGAGACAUCCUUUAAUUGAACAAUUCAUUAUGUCUAUGACAGUGCUGUUUCUUCUUUCUUUUUUUGGUUUCUCCAGACAAGGUUUCAUUAGCAGCUGUUCUGGCACUCACUUUAUAAACCAGGUUGGCCUUGAACCCCGAAACCUGUCUGCCUCUGCCUCCUGAGUACUAGGAUUAAAGCCACCACUCCCAGCUCAGUCCCUUUUCUUAAGAAGUGUACUUAUAUUGGUAUGUGUAUGUGUGUGCCUUUUGGUUUUAUUUGUUUUUCGGUACUAGGGACCAAACCUGGUUGCAUGUUGGGGAAGGUCUACUCACUGGAUUACAUUCCCAGUUCCAGGCUUUCGUCUUGAUUAUGGAAGAAAUGGUUUUAUAAGGACUUUGUUAAAAAUGGUGAGCAGUGAUCUCAACAUUGCCAUUAUGGAGAGCCAUGGGUUUCCUGACUUAAUGCCAUAUCACAGUCUAAGAAGAACAAAUUUUUUUCCACUAAGGGGAAGAAGAUUCCGAGUGUUGAGAUUAAUACAGGAAAGAACUUCUAGAAUAUCAAAAGGGAGUGAGGAAAUGUAAAUAGAGGAUGUGUGCUUUACUGAGUAUUAAAUUCCAAGUUCCUGUGUGUACCUGAACUUUAAACUUCAUGUUGCUGUUUCAUUUAUGUAUUCAUACUUUACCUGUAUUGAAUUGAGAGUUAAAUUUUUAUAUCAGAAUUAAAUGGUAAAAAAAUCAUCCUGGUGCCAUUAUAACACUUGGCUUGUUAAUACAUCCAUUCUAGCAUGCAAUUUUAAGUACAAUUUAUGUUAUAUUUUGAAAAGCAGGGUGGGUAUCUUUGAAAAAAGAAUGGAUGUGGUCUUACUUAAAACAUGAGUUCACUCUUCAGAAUGUAAGAGGUGGCAAAUUGUAAAUACUUUUGUUUCUUAUCACUGGCUUUUUUAUAACUUUUAUUUGUACAGCCUAACAAAAACAUAAUCUCACUUGAACCUGUCAAAUGGUGGUUUACAUAUUUUGUUUUUCUUUAAACUUUUUUAUAGACCUCUUAAUGUUUUCUUGAAUAUAAAAGAAAUAAACAUUCAUUUAGUAAAGCAUACACACAUCUUAUUGACUGUAAUCCUACUAAGUAGAAAACCAUUCUUAGUUUUAUACUACCAUGACAUGUAUGUAAAUAUGCAUUUUAAUUUUUCAAAAAGGGAUGUAUUGGUCAGAAACUUUAAUAUCCCAUUAUAUUAAUAUACCCAUUUUCUAGUAUCUGAAACUUUCCUGCUUUUGAUUAUCAAGCAAUGCUAUUAAAGAUUGCACAACAAUCUUACCAUUCCCUUAGGAAUAUAUUUUAUGCAUAAAAUUGAUGGAUCAAGUUAAUAGGCAAUUUUGGAUUGAUGUCUGUCUAAAUCAACUCCACUAGGACAAUUACAGGUUAGUGAAUCUCCUACUGUAUUUUCAACUACAUUAUACAUUCAACUACAGACAUACGUGAUGUCCCUUUCAUUAACUAUUGUUUUUAUCUCCUUAUAAAUGCUACUGCUGUGGUUUUCUUAUGACUAGCUGCGUUUGUUUUACUGGUAAUAUAUAUCAACCACACAGCAUUAUAGUUUUUUUUUUUUUUAAUCCAGUGCAGUUUGGUAGAAACAUAGCUAAAGAUAAAUCUUUUUCAAAGAUAAUUUUGGAGUUAAAUGUAGGUUACUUGGUGCUUACCACACAGCAUUUUAUGAAGAAGUGAUAAGAUGAAUAGACAAGUGUUUGAUGUGUUAUUUUUCCUUCAGGUCUUUAAAGGAUUUCCUCCUGCAUGUCUUAAGAGAGAACUUAACUGCUCAGGAUUAAGACUUACCCAGGGGCUGGAGAGAUGACUCAACGCUUGGAUACUUGUUGGUUUACAGAGGACCUGGGUUCAGUUCCCUAUACCUAAUGGUGGUUCACAGCCAUCCAUAACUCCAGUUCCAGAGGACAUGGUCUCUUCUGACCUUUGUGUGCCAGGCACAAGCAUGUGGGACAUACGUCAUACAUUCAUAGAUAUAUACAGGCAAAACCUGUAGCUGCAAAAAAUAUGUAAAUUUUAAAGUGUUACUUAGUUGUAUUAAAAUAUACUUUCUAGGGACUGGAGAAAUGGCUCAGUGGUUAAGUUUGUGUCCUGCUUUUCUACAACCUGAGUUAGAGUCACAGUUCACAGAUGGCUCACAACUGCCUGCUAACUCCAGAUCCAGAAAGACUGGAUACCUCUGGCCUCUGUUGUCUCAGCACUCAGGUGCCUAUGUAGACCCACAUAUCUACACAUAAUUUAAAAGUAAUAAAUCUUUAAACUUUCUAAUUUUAAUUCCUAAUGCAUUUUCUGUAACGUACUGAAUAGUUUAAGUAUGAUUAUAGAUAUAAUACCGAAGACCCUUUUUAACAUUUUCCCAUGAGUUUUCCUUUAAUGUUCAUAAAAGUUAUAAAAAAUUCAGUGACCCUCUACGGACUUAAAGCUAUACAGUGCUCCUUGACAUGGAGUUAAAUCUCUUCCCAAAUCUACCACUACCUCAAGUUGAAAACACAUGUUAGUACACUGAACCUAUUAAACAGCAGCCUGAGACACUGGAGUACUGAUGAUUCCUGUCAGGUUAAUUUAGCUGUCCUGCAUCGCCUCUCCUUUGUACAAAAGGGUAUCUUAACCAGAUAUUGCUAUUUGAGAAAAGCUUAAAAGUCUAGUUUUCUUCUGAGUGGCAUUACUCUUGUGCCAUCAUAAAGUCUAACCACUGCUGUCCAAGACUAGAUCCUACAUUUUCACCGUGUUUGCUUUCUCUAUACUUUAAGACCAUAAAUUGCAGAUUUCACAUCAAUUAAACAUUUCAAUAUAAAUCCCUGAAUACAAGCAUAUUUAUACAUUUUUGAAAUUACUUAUUUGCCCUAAUAUCACUCUUGCUUUAAAGCUACCUACUCAGAAAAACAGUCAUCAGGAUUUAUGAGUUGUAGGCAUGUAUGUAAUAUUUCUUACUCUAGAAUAGUCCAUCUCUUAAAGAUACUGUCUUUAGAAUUCUGCCUACUAUAGAAUUUGAAGUACCUCACAUGCUAAAACAUUUCCUAUAACCCUUCUGUAUUACAUAUUGUUUAAUAAAAUACCCUACAACUUAA